UGGCACUUUCCGGUUAGCACUGAGCUGUACACACACUGGCCCCUGUGUGUCCUCUGCGUGCAAUGAUUGAACCGCGGCCGUUGCCAUGGCUACACGCAGACCCAAUCAGAAGAAGCUCGCGGGGUAGACUGUUGCUGAAUGAAAAUAACAGAGGCCAUUUUGCGCACGAAGCCACGGCAUCAUUCAAUAAUAAUACAAACGGAAACGGGAGGCAGGUUCAGGCCAUUUCUGGACAGACGCGAGUGCUUAAGAGCCGGCAGAGUGUUGUGGGACCGCGGUGCGACUGGCGCUUCAAGUUUGAAAAAAAAAGGAAAGGCAUGCGGUAACUAAUUGUGCCGCCGCGUCGCUGUUUCGUGGAGGUUUGUGUGGUGAGGGAAGGCGGACAGCACGGCUUGAGCCGCACCGCAUUGCUACCCGAGCUCCGGUGACCCCCGAGAGAGGGAGUUGCCUUUAGUUAGCUGACCGGCAACAUCCAUGCGCGUCGAAAAGCAGGUGUACGGUUUCAUCACUCGGCCACCGCACUAGCUUCCGAGCUGCUGUAAGCUCGCCCUGGUUGCGUGCUUGUACUUCGGCGCUUGUUUGAGAGAUGACUUUUCACAUGGAAGAGGCUGGUUACCUGACGAUGUGUCGCGGAAUUAGUCGACUGAGGCGGCAGUCGGUUUGAGGCAUUAACGGGAUAAGAUCUGGGAAUAAAGCUUUACCGGGAGGAGAGACUUAUCCUGAGCAGACGGAAGAGGAAGGAACAACAACAUCAGAAUAUUGGAAGAGGAAGAGGAAGGAAAAGAAACUUAGGCUCACCUGUACCUGACUCUUUUUACCAAGUCUCCAGUCUUUUGGUUUUAUGACGGAAAGUACAUCCCUCUGCAGUGGAUCAGUAAGAAGUACUCUUCAAUAUGAAUACAGAUAGCGGAGGAUUCGCUCGCAAAAGCGUGGCCUUGUCGCUCACACUCUCUCCCAUGAAGAGGGUCCAGAGCUCACCAAAUCUAGGCACAGGGAGUGAUUCUCACUCAUCAGACUUGGAUUCUUGGCGGUCACGUAGUGUAACAGAUGGCCUUAAGAAUGGAGACGCCAGUAGCUCAUCUCUCGCUGCCAAAGGCUUCCGCAGCGUCAGACCCAACCUACAGGACAAAAAGUCACCAACACAGGAUAUCAAUCACAUUCCUUUGCCACCCCCAAGGAGAGAGAGUUUCCACUUCUCACCGACUGGCACUAAUCCACCAGACUACAGCUCCCUUAUUUCCCUGCCUAAUGAUUUUGGCCCUGGAACUCUAACAUUCACUCAGAAUGAGAAAGGCAUUUUGAAAGAAUCCUACACUAUCAGUAGCACGUCUUCUUACUCCUAUUCAGAGACCAGCGCAAACCCAGUCCAACAGACACACCAGACCAUUGGCCCAAAUAAUAAUAGCAACUGUAGUGCAUCUGCUGCCACUAAUACACAUGCUCAGGAGCGUAAGGUGUCUUCCCUCAAACUUACCCCUGUCACUAUCCCUGACCCCCCAGUUCACUGCAACUCUUACCUUGACCCCCAAACUAAGACCACUGGUUCCCCAACACCAGCUUCCCCCUCUCCACAAAGAGAUCCCUCCCUGUUUCCCCCCCUGACAAAGACAGCCUUGCUUUCUGUCCGCUUGGGCCCUGAGAAUCUGAAACAUCCAGAGCCUUCAAAUGACACAGUGGAACUCAAGGUCCCAGAUCACGCCACAAAUCAAAGCCCAGCUCCGUCCCAGGUUGAGAUAAUGAAGGCUCCUCCUCCUCCGAUUCCACCAAGGCCGUCUCCUGCAGAACUGUUGGGGCCUCCCUCCCCCGACCCUGCGGCACGGCACUCCCCCUCUCGCUGCCACAGCUCAGAAUCACUCGACUACCCGUCAGGCCUAAUGCCCAAGACUCUGUCGCCCACCCCAUAUGUUCCUAGCGGAGCUGGCAGCACAGCUGGUGCAGUCAGUGGGCCGAGCCUUACCACAGUCAGCGGUGCGAGCAUCGGUGGCUGCGUGUCACCCUCAGCUUCCCCCGUGACAGUGUCAGCCCUCAGCCACUACUCGUCGUCCACUGCGGGUCUGCUGGACGAGCUACAGAUCUGUAGCCUGGACUCACCCGGCACCUCACCCACGCCAUCGCCCACCCUCAGCCAUGUCUCUGCCUACACAUCUACUGCUGGCCUUGAUGAUGUGCUAACAACCUCUGUGGCCUCCACUGCUGCUGCAGCCACUUUUACUAACGGUCAGGUCCUCUCUCAUGCUAUGAAUGGAAGUGCUAGCCAUCCACAGAGGCCCCUCUCUCCUCCAUCCUACCCUCCUCCCCCCGCCUCACUCCACACUGCCCUCCAGAGACAGAGCCGGAGUUCAGAGGGCAGCGAGUCAGUUACCAGAGAGUCUGUGGUGUCGGGCCACACCAGCGUCAGCAACACUGUGCCCAUCGCCCGCUUCUCGGAAGAAGAGAAAAAGGUGUCCAUCAUUAAAGCUCCUCAUUAUGAAGGCAUCGGCCCUGUGGACGAGUCUGGCAUCCCCAUCGCCAUCCGCACGACGGUGGAUAGGCCUAAGGACUGGUACAAAACUAUGUUCAAACAGAUCCACAAGGUUCACAAAGCCGAUGAUGACUAUUCUGAUACAUACAAUGCAACAUAUGCCGUCAUAAACAACGACGACCACAGCACGUCGUCCAAUGCCACCAUGGCCCACCCUGCUCCCCGUACACAUACGUACAGGCCGCUCGCCAGAAGCCCCUCUGACAACGGGGGGCAUCUGGGUCCUCGGGAGCCUUCACCAUCUCCUGUGCCCCCACCCCCUCCACCCAUGCCAUCGCUCCUCCAGCUGAGGGCCAGAGACAGUGACCGUGAGAAAGACUCACCUGACAUGAAUGAAUGGGGACCUCCCAACAGGAAAGUGGACACACGAAAGUACCGCGCAGAACCCAAGAGUAUUUUUGAGUAUGAGCCUGGGAAGUCCUCUAUUUUGGAGCAUGAAAGACCAACCUAUGAUGACAUAGAUUUAGAGAACGAGCCUUGGUAUAAGUUCUUUUCCGAGCUGGAGUUUGGGCGGCCGCCUCCUAAAAAACGACUGGAUUAUAAUCCAGACAUCUCGGCUCGCCAACGCAUUGAGACAUCCCUGCACAUCGCUCCUGCUGACAAGGCUCCAGAGAGACCUACGAGUGCUGCCAGUGACUACAGAAAGAGAAGGAAGUCCGAGCCAUCAAGUUCCCAAGUCAAUGCUCAGUCUCAGGGCAGAGCGGCAACUUCCCCUAAACCAGUGGAUGCCUACCGACCCAGCAGCAGCCUGAAGAAACCUGUGAUUCGCUCCUCACCGUCCUCACCCUCCAGAGCCAAAGACCAGGAUGUCUCCAGGUGUUAUUCCACCAUGGAUGGACGCCACACACCCCAGAGUAGAAGACCUACUCCUGACAAAGAGGUCUCCCAUAAACAGAUGACACAACUUAUUCUGUUCUCUCUCCUCCAUCAGAAACAGCCUGCGAGAGCCAUUUAUGAUUUUAAGGCACAAACAGCGAAGGAGCUGUCAUUUAAGAAGGGUGAUGCAGUGAACAUCAUCCGACAGAUAGACAACAACUGGUAUGAAGGAGAGCACCGUGGACGGAUUGGGAUAUUCCCCAUGUCAUAUGUAGAGAGGAUGCCAUCCUCAGAGAAGCAGCAGCCGAUUCGUCCACCUCCACCAGCGCAUGUCAGAGAGAUUGGAGAAGCAGUAGCUCGCUACAACUUCAAUGCUGAUACAAACGUGGAGCUGUCUCUCAGAAAGGGUGAGAGAGUAAUUGUGAUAAGGCAGGUGGACCAGAACUGGUAUGAGGGGAAAAUCCCAGACACAACCAAACAGGGCAUCUUUCCUGUGUCAUAUGUUGAUAUCGUCAAGCGCUCACCUUCCAAGGUUUCCACCCACCACAUAGACCCACAUGGUUACCCUGGCAACAGGACUCCGAGUUCUACACCCAUUAAGCCUUCCUACCAUCAACCCCCUUCCUCCACUCCUCAUGACCUCCCUUCCCCUCACCCCCCGUUGAGAAGGUUUGAUCUGCAAGCUGUCACCAACGAGUGGCUCUCCCUCACAAUGGACACAUCAGCAUCCACUCCACCUCACUCCCUCACAACCACCCCCGUACCACCAACUCCACCCCCUCUCCCCACUGACCUUGCACCUUUCCUGAAAGCCCAGGGCCCCAAGGCAUCCUCACCUGUGCCAUCACAAAGAGGCUUCAGCGUGCCUCCCCAAAUAUUUUCCAGAACUCCUUCAUGUAGAGAAGAGAGACACCGUUUAGGUCGCGACCCAGCUGCCAUGCCUUUCUCCCAGCCUCCUCCUCCCCUUCCUCAUUCCUCAUUAAGUUCUCCACUGCAGUACAAUGCUGGCAAAGGAAUAGCCCAAACAUUUCAUAUUUCUAAGCCAGAAGUAUUGUCUUGCACAGCGCCAGAGCCAGUAAAAUCACCCACAGAAGUUCCUUUACGGCACAAGUUAAAUGUGCAAGUAAGCAAAAGAAGCAAAAGCCCUGACAUUGAGCUGCAAGUAAGAGACCCUUAUGACGAACUGUUGUUCAUGAUUCUGGAUGGUUGUACCAGUUCAGGUGAAGCUGACUUUUCAAGAUUGUCUCCGGUAGAUUCCCCAUCAGCUACGUUAAUCAGUGAAUCUCAGAAUAGGUUUAAGCCAAAACCAGAAAUAUCCCAUCAGCCAGCAAUGAAACGCGCAGAAGUCGCUCCAGCCAGCGACUUGACAGGCAGUGUUCGGUCAGAGGUACAGAUUCACAGGCCUGUGAUGAUGGAGCCACUUUCCAUCUUUUGGGGAGGGCAGUCUGAAGCAAAGGAUGAACAACCAGUCGAGUCUCAGAGACCCCCAUCGGUGAAAAGAAGCGGAUAUACUGAGUUGUUCAUUGAAGAAGAGGAAGAAACUAGAGAGGACAAAGAGGAGGACAUUAACGGUUAUAAUGAGAGACUCAGUCCACAGGCUGAUGUCCCCCCUUCCGCUCUGACACAGUUUCCUCACCCUGGUCUCCCGUCAUGCUCCAUACCACCACCUCAGACCUCCUUACCCCUCCCCUUUUCCUCUUCCUCUCCUCCUCCUCUUUCUAUUUCUUCUACUUCUUCGUACACUCCUUCUUUGUCUUCUUUCUCACGGUCACAGCAGCAGGAUCAUAACACCAUCCCUCACUCUCCCCCCGUCUCCCCUCGACCCCCAUCCCUUCCCCACCUCAUGACAUCCCCUCUACCUCCAGUCUCUCCAUCUCCACCAGUCUCACCACCUCCCCUCCAGUCUUCUCACCCGUCUUCAAACGUUCCCUCCCAGCGUUCUGUCUCGGCCUCUCCCUGUCUUUCUCAUCCGGUCACAUCCUACACUGACACAGAAUCACCCGUUCCCCUUCCCGCCAUGUCUCCCCCCAAACCCGUCUCUCCUCCCCUCACCACUCCACGCUCUCCCCCGUCUCACCCCACUGUUCCCCAUGCAGGACGUAGGUCUCCCAAGGUGAAGGAUCCUGUUGUUGGUGGUAAACCUCCUCGUAGCCCCAUCUUGUCCCGGAGGUCCUAUCUGUCCACCAUUAGAGGUCGACGGCGAUUAGUCCAGGAUGCACUCCAUGGUGGAGGAGACCCGUACCAGGCCGUGUACAAUUACCUGCCUCGCAACGAGGACGAGCUGGAGCUGAAGGAGGGCGACAUUGUGGAUGUGAUGGAGAAGUGUGAUGACGGCUGGUUUGUUGGGACCUCUCGGAGGAGCAAGUUGUUCGGAACCUUCCCAGGAAACUACGUGAAGCAGCUAUAAUGAUGAUUCCAGUCUCCGUCCCCACUGCCCCGCCCCCGUUAAGUGACACAUUCAUGGCCCUCAGCACAGCACCCGCAGGACGCCACCUCCCAAAAGUGGUCCCUCGAGACGUGUCGCACAUUUAUGCGUUUGCAUGAUUGUGUGGCUUAUCGGCUUCACACAGACAGGACAUUUAGCUCAAACUAGCCAUCUUUAAUGGAAGACUUCUAUAAAGUAAUGUUGCUGUUUUUUUUUAAAUCUUUUUAUCCUUAUUUUUCUAUCUUGGAGAACCCAAACUUUGUGCUCCAGUCAGUGACCUUUAACGUUUGACAGCAAUGGAAGGAUAUCAGAGGAACUUUGCAAACACUCAGUCAUAGAAAACAAAGCACCGCAGUGAUGCUUUUUCUCCUCUUAAAGAGCAGUAAGAUCACCACAAUCAACUUGUUUUUUUUUACUUUUCUGCAGUAUCUCACAUUUAAAAACACUUGCUCCAUUUCACUCCAGUGUUCAAUUACAGAUAUCCCCAAAGAUAUACAGUACAGAGAGUGUUGUAAAAACAGUGUUCUGUCAGCAGGUCUGUUGUACACUAACUUUGUUGGAGGGACUGCAGCCAUGCAGCCACUUUUUAGGUAAGAGGAUGUUAAAUGUGAUCAAUGUUAUGUGUUACUUAAGGUAUUGACUGGUCGGCAAGAGUUUGGGGAUAUAUUUCUUUCCUGAAACACAUAAUUAAGCAAUUAUCUAAAAUAUUGCAAAUGAGGAAGUAGGAGAAAUACUGACACUGUUGUACUUGCUGUCUCAGCCUAAUAUGUCAAAUUGCAAGAUUAGAAAACAUAAAAUACUCUCAACUCGUUGUUUCUUCAUCGUCACACUAGGAUUGAUGCACUUUAAUGAAACUUUAACAACAAUGUUUUGUGUUUUAGUUGAAAUUUCACUUCAUAUUUUUCACACUAAAGGUUAAUAUGACUGUGGGGCUUCUGGGUGUUUUGGUCAUGUUUGAAAAGUGUUUGCGACAAAGGUUGCCGACCUUUUAGGUAUUAUAUUUAUUAGAGGACAAGUGCUGGUGGAACUGUGUUAUUAGUAGAUUUCAGAAGGGACGGACACAACACGUUGCUUUUGAAACAUCUUUAAACAGAAGCAAGCCCACAUUUGAAUCAUUAUUUUAUUGUUAAGUGAAGUAUCAUUGUCCAAAUAGGUCCAGAGUGACAAGCAACGCAACAGUUUAUGGGCUAUAUGCUGGGUGUCAUGAUAUUUUAUGUUGAAUUAUUUAAGCCGAAUGCAGGAUGAGAUGGCAUUUUAUCAAAAACGUCAGUCGUGUAACUACAGUUUUCUUUUCCACUAGUCUUUGUUUUAAUCCUGUUGUCACCGUUUCAUGUAGUUAAAUACUUUUAGAAAGUACUGACAGUUUCCAUCUUGUCAUCCUCAGUGAAUGUGAUUUCUGUUUUUGUUUUUUUCCUUCACUUUACAUGUUUCACACAGGAUGGACACUGAUGACAAAAAAAAAAAAAAACAAUUGUUAAGCACCUUAAGAUAUAUUUUGUUUUAUCAUUCACUCAUCAUGUCACCCCCUGUCAUCCACUAUUUCAGCUGGUGUGAGAACACUUCUGUCUGUGUGUGAGUGUGUGUGUCUGUGUGUGUCUGUGGUGUUUUUGUAAGCCUUUUGUAUGAGAGCUGUAAAAUGGCCAACAUCCACUUGCUUUAUAAAGUCAGCUUUUUCUCACCCACCA